AUGGAAAUUUACAAUAGGUUCACUGAUAAUGAUGGUUACUGCAAUGCCUAUAUUACAUGUGCUUCAACCAGCAAAGCUGCCAUGGCUAUUGACGACGUCAUUAUUGGCGCUAAAAGUGCUGAGCAAGAAGCUAAUUUUAAAUUUAAAUUACAUAAAAAAUCUGUUAUUGACACUGGAGGACUGCCUUAUCACAUUACUUUUGUCGUUGGAAAACAUUAUGUUAUUACAACUAACAUCGACGUUACUGAUGGUUUGUGCAAUGGUGCUGUUGGGAAAUUGGUACAUCUAGAAUUUGAUGAAAGUAACACAUUAAUAACAGUUUGGCUGGAAUUUUGUGGUUCAGAUAAAGUGGGUAGGAAAAAAAGGCAAAAAGCAGCCGCUCUAGCAGUACAAAACAGAGUUGGCAAUCUCGCUGUUCCCAUUGAAUUACGAACAGCAAAUAUUUCAUUAACAUCGGAUAGAAAAUGUAUAGCCAAACGCAAACAUUUUCCAUUAACUUCAGCUCUUGCUCUAACUAUACAUAAGUCGCAAGGUGGAACUUUUGACGAAAUAGUAUAUGAGUAUAGUAAAGCACAUUCUCAGGAACUCGUUUAUGUUGCGCUCUCUCAGCAUUUAUUGAUAGAUUUGGUAAGGGAGCGUGUAUCAGUAAUUGAAAAUAAAAAUACUGAUACAAAUACAAACUCAAAAAAGCUAGCAGCAUGGGCAGAUUUAUUAUGCAGUUUCAACAGUAUGUGUAAAGGUGGCACUCGCACUCUUCCCCAAAUAAAAUCCCAAUGGAGCAUCAUUAAAAUGACAAAAAAGAAAAUUAAGUCUGUCGAACGAAAGAAUCUUCGCCAGACUGGUGGUGGUCCACAUCCAACUACGAACCCUGAAAAUGCAGACGACAUUUGUUAA